GGUUUAACAGUCUUUAUAAGUAAGACAGGCAUUUCAGAAUUGGGUUUUGAAGAAUGAAUAGGAGUUCCUUAGGCAGAGCAGAAGUUCAUGGAUUAAAUCUGUAGCUAUAAAAUCCAGAGACUUGAUGGGGGUCAAGAGGUUCACUGUAGGAAAAAGUAAGACUUUCCUGGAAAGGGCGGGUAAUAUAUUCGAGAACCUGGGCAUCAGAAUGGUUUGGUGGCUUGUGUACGGUUAAAGAAUAAAGGAAGUAAGGAUGUUUGUUUCUGCAGCGACAAAGUUGCGGUGAAGAGAUCAAUACAUGAAUUUGCAUAACGAACUCCUUCUAUUCAGUCUUCGAAAACGCAGACGUGUGGCACGGUGAUAGAGGCAGCAGUAGUUCAAGGCCAGCCUGCGCUACAUGAGAACAGGUCUCAAACAGCUGAGGUUAGACCAGUGUCCAUGAACUUGACUGAGCUCGCAGGCACAGGAGAGGUCACGCCAAGGUCAAGUCCGGCAGCUCGCAAUCCGGCGUUGUGGGCGGGGCGGCUCAGGACAAGGACAUAGGAUUGGCCAGCUCGGCUCAGCGAGACUCAAGUGCGCUUGCCCAUUGGUCCUGAGAGCAGGAAAAGGGAGGGUAAAGCAAAACAGGACUUCCGUGCUCGCCGCAACGCUUGGGGACGAUUGGUCAUUUCAUUCAAGAGGCGGAGCUUUGUGGUUUUGGAUUGGCCCGUUCUGAGGGGGCGGUUCCUCGGCGGGGCAUGUGAUUGGCGCGUGGCCGGCUCGCGGCGGCGGCGGCGGCGGCGGCUCCCUGGUGUCUGCAGCGGCCAUGGCUUCGGGAGGCUGGCGCUGGGCUCGCAAGGCGCUGGCUGCGGGGCGCCCGCUGUUCCAGGGCCGCGCGCUGCUCGCCACCAACACGCUGGGCUGCGGCGUGCUCAUGGCCGCGGGCGAUGGCGCGCGACAGGCCUGGGAAGUGCGCGCGCGGCCUGGACAGAGGUUCAGCGCGCGGCGUUCAGCCAGCAUGUUCGCAGUGGGCUGCAGCAUGGGACCCUUCCUACACUUCUGGUACCUGUGGUUGGACCGCCUCCUCCCCGCGUCGGGCCUGCGAAGCCUCCCGAGUGUGAUGAAGAAGGUGCUAGUGGAUCAGACGGUGGCAUCUCCCAUACUGGGCGUUUGGUACUUCCUGGGCCUUGGCAGCCUGGAGGGUCAGACAUUAGAGGAGAGCUGUCAGGAGCUGCGGGCCAAAUUCUGGGACUUCUACAAGGCCGACUGGUGUGUGUGGCCAGCUGCCCAGCUGGUGAACUUUCUGUUCAUUCCUUCUCAUUUCCGAGUCACCUAUAUCAAUGGGCUGACGCUGGGCUGGGACACAUACCUGUCCUAUCUGAAGUACUCGGUGAGCGCAACCCUCUGGAGUUGGGGAGGGCGUGGGUUCCGGCCUGUGCCUGUGUGACCGUCCCUCUGCU